AUGCAGUGGCCGGCGCAAGGAAGCGGGAUCACCGUCUUGGCUGAAGGGCUGACCUGGUUGCUGGGCCCGGGUACGGUCCCAACGACGGGAGCAAGAUCAGAUCUGAGGAAUGAAGCCAAUGGAUGGAUUCUGAUGGAGUGGAAUAUUCUCCAUCACCUCGUCGGGGGGAUCCUCCUGGAUUUCUGCAGACCAUCCAUCCCGCAGAUCGGACUGUGA